UGAUUCUGGGUCCAGAUGCUGAUUCUGGAUCCAGAUGCUGAUUCUGGGUCCAGAUCCUCGAUCUGGACCCCAAUCCCAUUCCCAAGAUCCCAGAGCAGUUCCUGGUGUGGGCCUGAGCUGCUCCUGCCUCUCUCCAGGGUGAAGGUUCUGAUCCGGCUGCUCAAGGACCUGAGGAUUCGCUUCCCUGGCUUCGAACCGCUCACCCCCUGGAUCCUGGACCUGCUGGGUCACUACGCCGUGAUGAACAACCCCACCCGGCAGCCCCUGGCCCUCAACAUCGCCUACAGGUCUGUGGGGUUUCCAUUCCACAAAUUCCCCUCGUGGGAUAAAAGCGUUUUUCCUGAUAAAACCACUGGAAUAUCACGGGAGAUAAACCCAGCUGGGAUUUCCUGGUGGGGUUUUCAUUUGUGAUUCCAUUUUCCCAAC